AUGGACGGCAAAGCAAUUGUCUACCGUACGUUGGUAAUCGGCAUCAUACUGCAGAAUCUGUUUGUUGUUGCAGAGUAUGAUUGUCAUAAACUGACUUCACAGUGGAACAAUCAUUGUUAUUUCAAGGUAAAUGGUGCAUAUGUAACAUAUCCAAAAGCACAGUUUUUAUGUAAAGCUGUAAAUGCAUCAAUUGUAAGCAUUGAAUCAGCGGAGGAGAACAAUUUUGUUCGCAAUUUAAGUGAUCCUUAUUCCACCUAUUGGAUUGACAUAAAACCAAAUAUCAAUGCCAACAAAAAUGCUCAACAGACUGCAGAUAAUUCUGGAUACAGUAAUUGGGAUAUCAGUAAAACAAUGGAUGCUGGUAAUGGCAACUGUACGAUAUUCAAUUCGGUUACCGGCUUCUGGGAAUCUGUUAAUUGUACAAACUAUGCCAGUGUGAUUUGUGAAAAAGAUUUUGUUCCGAUUAUCGAUGAACAAAAGCCAUCAGAAAUUUAUCUAUCGUCAACAGCAUCAACACCGUCACCACCAUCACCAUCUGCAGCACUGAUAUCGCAGUCUUCAGAGAUAUUGACAAAAAAAUUGUCUCCUGCAAUGGACCGUUAUUGCAGUCAACGUAAACGACCAAAAACUGUUUUACAGCUAAGCACAAAUCGACGCUUUAUUUUGGGUCCAUUGAUACCAACAGUACAACUUUUUGGCAACAAAUUUUUUGCUUUUUAA